CUGGCUUUGUCGGCGCCGGCUGCCGUGCGCCGCCGCUCCCGCGUCGGGCUCGCGGUCCUCGGCGCCGGGCGCGGGGCUCUAAAGAAGCAGCAGAAGGGUGGAGACAUGUUUGGAGGUGGUUGCUUGGUGAGGUGAGAGAUGGAGGAGGAUGGCAUGGGGGUGAGAGACGGAGCCCGAGGCAGCGCGGAGGCCAUUCACAGGCUGCGGGUGGACCGGGUGCAGGGCGAGAGCAGAACACAGAGAUUGUCUUAGGAGCUGCUGGCAAAAAGACCACUGAAGCUGUGAGGAUGAGAUGAUGUCCGACGGCGUCCCAGUGACGGAGACUGCCUGGGAGUCUGAGGCUGGGGAAGCCCAUGAGGCCAGACUGGGGAGCCCAGAGGGACAGAGCCUGGGGAGCCCGCGCCCACAGGGACCAGGCUUCGAGCAGGGGACAGUGACCCACUGGAAAAUCCAGACAGGAGAGGCAGCCCAGGUAGGUAGUAAGUCAGGAAGAAACUCUAUUCUGAACUCGAACCUUCUUAUACUUCAGAGAGAUUUUAUAGAAAGGGAGGCGCACUCCUGUGGCAUUUGUGGUAAAAGUUUCCUGUUCAAUUCAGACCUAGUUCGACAUCAGGUGUCUCACACUGGGGAGAAGCCUUACACACGUGAUCAGUGUGGGAAAGGUUUCGGUCCGCUCUCACACCUCACUGAACAUCAGAGAGUCCGCACGGGAGACAGGGUGUAUGUGUGUGACGCGUGUGGGAAAGACUUCAUUCAUUACGCAAGCCUGAUCGAACAUCAGCAAGCUCACGCAGGAGAAAAGCCAUUCAAGUGUUCACAGUGCGGAAAAGCGUUUUGCCACAGUUCGGACCUGCUUCGGCACCAGAGGGUUCACACUCGAGAGCGGCCUUUUGAAUGCAAGGAGUGCGGGAAAGGCUUCAGCCAGAGCUCCUUGCUCAUUCGCCACCAGAGGACCCACACGGGAGAGAGACCCUAUGAGUGCAACGAGUGUGGCAAGGCCUUCAUCCGGAGCUCCAGCCUCAUCCGCCACUACCAGACCCACACCGAGGUGCGGCAGUAUGAGUGCCGGGACUGCGGGAAGGCCUUCCGCCACCGCUCGGACCUCAUUGAGCACCAGAGGAUCCACACUGGGGAGCGGCCUUUUGAGUGUCGAGAGUGUGGCAAGGCCUUCAUUCGGAGCUCCAAGCUGAUUCAGCACCAGAGAAUCCACACUGGGGAGCGGCCCUAUGUGUGCAAUGAGUGCGGAAAGCGCUUUAGCCAGACCUCCAACUUUACCCAGCACCAGAGGAUCCACACUGGGGAGAAGCUCUAUGAGUGUAACGAAUGUGGGAAGGCCUUCUUUCUGAGUUCCUACCUUAUUCGACACCAGAAGAUCCACACUGGCGAGAGGGUGUACGAGUGUAAAGCGUGUGGGAAGGCUUUUCUGCAGAAAGCCCACCUCACUGAGCAUCAGAAGAUCCACACUGGGGACCGACCCUUUGAGUGCAAAGACUGUGGGAAGGCCUUCAUUCAGAGCUCCAAGCUGCUUCUGCACCAGAUCGUCCACACGGGAGAGAAGCCCUACGCAUGCAGUCACUGUGGGAAGGGCUUCAUACAAAGGUCCAACUUCCUUCAGCACCAGAAGAUGCACACUGAGGAGAGGCUCCACGAGUGUGCCGAGCCCCCUCCAGCCCCGGCCUUUGUCCAGCAGGAAGGGCUUCCCCUGAGUGAGGCCACCUUGCAUUUGGGUGAGAGGGCCACAGAGGAGGUGCAGGUGGGUGAUGCAGAAAGCAGUCAUUCCUGGAGUCAGUGAUGCAGUUUAGGAUUGGGUGGGCGUGGCCUAGGCUACUACCAAGGCCAGAGCCCAGGGACCAGUCAGCUCACCUUGAGCAGAGAUGUGGGGUGGGGGUUUAGAAAAGGGUUUUAGAUUGCAUUCACAAUUGCAAAGCACUUGAGUUAAUGCUUUUAGGGCUGAACUGUGUAUUUAUUCUUACUCUUUGAAAGUUCACCUGUCAGAAAGGUUGGAGGAAGAGGCUUUCUCAUGAAAAUGGACUGAGCCCCAGUCCCCGUCCUGCGUCCUACAGCUUUGCCCCCUUGCUCACUUAGUUCCUGGCCACAUAGCCAAGAGGGGUACCUGUCACCUGAUCUCCACACACUCUCCCCCCCCCCUCCAUCCCCAGCUCCUCUUCCGGCAGGCUUCUCAGGCAUCCAACCCAGACAUGUGCCCCGGUGCUCAGCCAGGUGGGCGGCUUUCUUGUUUCAAAGCUCAAUGCUUACCUCUCUUACUAUAUUUCUUCUGAAAUACCAGAAUUUGAUUUGUCUCAUUUCUUUUUUUUUUUUUUUUAAUUAUUAUUUUUUUUUUUUGGAUCUGGUCGUGGGGCCU